GCUUUCUCGGCUGUGAUUCACGACAAACUCCAGGUCCCCAACACCAUCCGGAAGGCAUGGAAUGACCGGGACAACCGCUGUGACAUUUGCGCCACUCACCUGAACCAGCUGAAGCAGGAGGCCAUCCAGAUGGUGCUGGCCUUGGAGCAGGCAGCUGGCAGUGAGCACUACGACGCCUCGCCCGGCUCCCCGCCACCGCUCUCCAACAUCCCCACCCUGGUGGGGUCCCGGCACGUGGGUGGGCUCCAGCAGCCCAGGGACUGGGCCUUUGUGCCUGCCCCCUAUGCCACCUCCAACUACACAGGCUUCGUCAACAAGCACAGCAGCAAACCCAGCAGCCUUGGGGUCAGCAAUGGGGCGGAAAAGAAGAGUGGCUCCCCAACCCACCAGGCCAAGGUCAGCCUCCAGAUGGCCACCAGUCCAAGCAAUGGGAACAUCCUCAAUUCGGUGGCCAUCCAGGCUCACCAGUACCUGGACGGCACCUGGUCCCUGUCGAGAACCAACGGGGUCACCCUGUACCCAUACCAGAUCUCCCAGCUGAUGACAGAGAGUGGCCGGGAGGGACUGACCGAAGCAGUGCUGAACCGCUACAAUGCAGACAAGCCUUCCGCCUGCAGCGUCCCAGCCUCCCAGGGCUCCUGCGUGGCCAGCGAGACUUCCACAGGCACGUCGGUGGCCGCCUCCUUCUUUGCACGAGCUGCCCAGAAGUUAAAUCUGUCUUCUAAAAAGAAGAAACAUCGGCCCACUUCUUCCGCUGCCGAACCACCGCUCUUUGCCACCAGUUUCAGUGGGAUUCUGCAGACCUCCCCUCCCCCAGCCCCGCCCUGUCUGCUGAGGGCUGUCAACAAGGUGAAGGACACCCCGGGGCUGGGCAAGGUGAAAGUCAUGCUUCGCAUCUGUUCCACCUUGGCUCGAGAUACCUCAGAAUCCAGCUCUUUCUUAAAGGUGGACCCACGGAAGAAGCAGAUCACCUUGUACGAUCCCCUGACUUGUGGAGGUCAAAAUGCCUUCCAAAAGAGAGGCAACCAGGUUCCUCCAAAGAUGUUUGCCUUCGAUGCAGUUUUUCCCCAAGACGCCUCCCAGGCUGAAGUGUGUGCAGGCACCGUGGCAGAGGUGAUCCAGUCUGUGGUCAACGGGGCGGAUGGCUGCGUGUUCUGUUUCGGCCACGCCAAGCUGGGAAAAUCCUACACCAUGAUCGGAAAGGACGAUUCCAUGCAGAACCUGGGCAUCAUUCCCUGUGCCAUCUCUUGGCUCUUCAAGCUCAUAAAUGAACGCAAGGAAAAGACCGGCGCCCGUUUCUCAGUCCGGGUUUCGGCCGUGGAGGUGUGGGGGAAGGAGGAGAACCUGCGGGACCUGCUGUCGGAGGUGGCCACGGGCAGCCUGCAGGACGGCCAGUCCCCAGGCGUGUACCUCUGCGAGGACCCCAUCUGCGGCACGCAGUUGCAGAACCAGAGCGAGCUGCGGGCCCCCACCGCAGAGAAGGCUGCCUUCUUCCUGGACGCCGCCAUUGCCUCCCGCAGGAGCCACCAACAGGACUGCGAUGAGGACGACCCCCGCAACUCACACGUGUUCUUCACACUGCACAUCUACCAGUACCGGAUGGAGAAGAGCGGGAAAGGGGGAAUGUCUGGAGGUCGCAGCCGCCUGCAUCUCAUUGAUCUCGGCAGCUGUGUGAAAGCUCUUAGCAAAAAUCGAGAAGGAGGCUCAGGACUCUGCCUCUCGCUGUCUGCUCUGGGCAAUGUCAUCCUGGCUCUCGUCAACGGCAGCAAACACAUUCCAUACAAAGAGAGCAAGCUCGCCAUGUUGCUGCGGGAGUCUCUGGGGAACAUGAACUGCCGUACCACCAUGAUCGCACACAUCUCGGCCGCGGCCGGGAGCUACGCAGAGACCCUGUCCACCAUCCAGAUUGCAUCCAGAGUGUUGAGGAUGAAGAAAAAGAAGACGAAGUACACAUCCAGCUCCUCCGGCGGGGAGAGCUCCUGUGAAGAAGGCCGCAUGCGCAGGCCCACCCAGCUGAGACCCUUCCACACCAGGGCCACGGUGGACCCCGACUUCCCCAUCGCUCACCUGUCCAGCGACCCCGACUACUCCUCCAGCAGCGAGCAGUCCUGCGACACCGUCAUCUACAUCGGGCCCAACGGCACGGCCCUCUCUGACAAGGAGCUCACCGACAACGAGGGCCCCCCAGACUUUGUCCCUAUUGUGCCAGCCCUGCAGAAGACCCGGGGCGACAGCCGGCCUGCAGAGGGAGGAGAGCCUGCAGCCAGCAAGUCAGAAAGGGACUGCCUGAAGUGCAACACGUUCGCUGAGCUGCAGGAGAGGCUGGACUGCAUCGACGGCAGCGAGGAGCCCAGCAGGUUUUCUUUUGAAGAACUGCCUGCUCAGUGUGGGCCAGAGCAGGCAAGCAGAGGCCCCCCGUUAAGCCACGCAGCUGGGGCAAGCCCACUCUCUGAGUCUGAUAAGGAAGAUAAUGGGUCCGAAGGUCAGCGGACUGACAGAGAAGGCCCAGAAAUCCCGGCCUCCAAGAUGCAGAGGAGUCACUCACCUGUGCCCACCACAGCACCCGCCCAUAGCCCCAGCCCGGCCUCGCCCAGGAGCAUCCCAGGCAGCAGCAGCCAGCAGAGUGCCUCUCCGCUCGUGCAGAGCCGCAGCCUCCAGAGCAGCCGGGAGAGCCUGAACUCCUGCGGCUUCGUGGAAGGCAAGCCCAGGCCCAUGGGCUCCCCCAGGCUGGGCAUCGCCAGCCUGUCCAAGACCUCGGAGUACAAGCCACCCGGCUCUCCUUCCCAGAGAUGCAAAGUCUACACCCAGAAGGGGGUCCUACCAUCUCCCGCCCCGCUGCCUUCCUCGGGCAAGGAUUCUGGCGUGGCGUCUAGUGAGUCCUUGCUGCAGCCCGAGGUGCGUACGCCCCCGGUUGGAAUGAGCCCCCAGGUUUUGAAAAAAUCCAUGUCUGCUGGGAGCGAAGGGUUCCCGGAAACUCCUGUCGAUGAUGAGCAGCAGGCAGCUACUCCUCCAGAGUCCAAGAAGGAGAUCCUGAGCACCACGAUGGUGACGGUGCAGCAGCCGCUGGAGCUGAACGGUGAGGACGAGCUGGUGUUCACGCUGGUGGAGGAGCUGACCAUCAGCGGGGUCCUGGACAGCGGCCGCCCUGCCAGCAUCAUCAGCUUCAACAGCGACUGCUCUGUGCAGGCCCUGGCCUCGGGCUCGCGGCCCGUCAGCAUCAUCAGCAGCAUCAGCGAGGACCUGGAGUGCUACUCCGGCAUGGCCCCUGUCUCCGAGGUCAGCAUCACACAGUUCUUGCCCCUCCCGAAGAUGAGCCUGGAGGAAAAGGCCCAGGAGGCAGGGAGCAGACGCUCUUCCAUCAGCUCCUGGCUGAGCGAGAUGAGUGCAGGCAGUGAGGGGGAGCAGUCGUGCCACAGUUUCAUAGCCCAGACGUGUUUUGGGCACGGGGAGGCAAUGGCAGAACCCGCGUCCUCAGAGUUCGUCAGCGGCAUCCAGAACACCGCUGUGGUCUGCAGAGAGAGGCCCAAGGCCAGCCCCGACAACUUGCUCAUCCCGUCUGAGACGGGAGAUGACUCUUUCAACAAAGCAACCCUCAUCAAAGGCUGCAAAAUAUCCACCCUGGGCAAGGCCAUGGUCACCAUCUCCAACACGGCGAAUCUGAGCAGCUGCGAGGGGUACAUCCCCAUGAAGACCAACAUCACGGUUUACCCCUGCAUUGCCGUGAGUCCCCGGAACGUCCAAGAGCCCGAGGCCCCCACUGCCACCCCCAAAGCAGGCCCCACAUUAGCCCAGUCCCAGGAGAGUAAGGAAAACAGUAGCAAGAAAGAGAUGACAUUUGAGGACCCCUGGCUGAAACGAGAAGAGGAAGUGAAAAAAGAGAAUGCUCAUCCCAGCGAAGAAGGGAUUAGGUGUGAGACUGCCACGGGCUCCUCGAACGCGGAGACCAGAGCUGAGCAGGACAGAAAGCCCAGCCCGGGCGACAGGCUCAGCAGCAGCAGCGGGGAGGUGUCGGCCUCCGCCGUCACUGACAACUUCAGGAGGGUCGUGGACGGGUGUGAGAUGGCCCUGCCUGGUUUGGCCACCCAGAGCCCCAUGCAUCCCAACAAAAGCGUCAAGUCCAGCAGCCUUCCCAGGGCGUUUCAGAAGGCCAGCCGGCAGGAGGAGCCCGACAGCCUCUUCUACUACUGCGCUGCCGAGACCAACGGGGUGGGUGCAGCCUCGGGCGCCCAGCCCUCCAAGGCUACCCUGGAGAGGAAGGUGGCUUCCCCCAAGCACUGUGUCCUGGCUCGGCCCAAAGGGACUCCCCCGUUGCCCCCUGUCCGAAAGUCCAGCCUGGACCAGAAGAACCGGGCCAGCCCUCAGCACAGUGCCAGCAGCAGUGGCACCAGCAGCCCCCUGAACCAACCAGCCGCCUUCCUGGCGGGCCUCCCAGAUGAGCCUGGCGGCAAGACGAAGGACGCCAGCAGCAGCAGCAAGCUCUUCAGUGCCAAGCUGGAGCAGCUGGCCAGCAGAACCAACUCGCUGGGCAGGGCGACGGUCAGCCACUACGAAUGCCUCUCCCUGGAGCGGGCCGAGAGCCUGUCCUCCGUGAGCUCCCGGCUGCACGCAGGCAAGGACAGCACCAUGCCCCGCGCGGGGAGGAGCCUGGGCCGCAGCGCCGGGACCUCGCCCCCCAGCUCUGGGGCCUCCCCCAAGGCCAGCCAGUCCAGGAUCUCCGCCGUGAGCAAGCUCCUCCUGACCAGCCCCAAGGCGCGCAGCCUGUCCACCUCCACCACCAAAACCCUCAGCUUCUCCACCAAGUCCCUGCCGCAGGCGGUGGGCCAGAGCUCCAGCUUGCCCCCCGGCGGGAAGCACAUGUCCUGGUCCACGCAGUCCCUCAGCAGGAACCGGAGCUCAGGCCUGGCCUCCAAGCUUCCUCUGCGGGCCGUCAACGGGCGCAUCUCGGAGCUGCUACAGGGUAGCGCGGGCGCCCGGGGCUUGCAGCUGCGGGCCGGGGCCGGGCCCGAGGCCGAGGAGCGCGGGGCGGCCCUGGCUGAGGACAAGCCCGCGGCCGUGCACCUGCUCCCGUCGCCCUACAGCAAGAUCACGCCCCCGCGGAGGCCCCACCGCUGCAGCAGCGGCCACGGCAGCGACAACAGCAGCGUGCUGAGCGGGGAGCUCCCGCCGGCCAUGGGGAAGACGGCCCUGUUCUACCACAGCGGCGGCAGCAGCGGCUACGAGAGCAUGAUGCGGGACAGCGAGGCCACCGGCAGCGCGUCCUCGGCGCAGGACUCCACGAGCGAGAACAGCAGCUCCGUGGGCGGCAGGUGCCGGAGCCUCAAGGCUCCGAAGAAACGUUCCAAUCCAGGUUCUCAGAGACGGAGGCUUAUCCCAGCACUAUCCCUGGACACCUCUUCCCCUGUGAGAAAACCCACCAACAGCACAGGCGUCCGCUGGGUGGACGGCCCCCUGCGGAGCAGCCAGAGGGGCCUUGGGGAACCCUUUGAGAUUAAAGUCUAUGAAAUCGAUGACGUGGAGCGCCUGCAGCGGCGACGAGGGGGCGCCAGCAAGGAGGUCAUGUGCUUCAACGCCAAGCUGAAAAUUCUGGAACACCGCCAGCAGAGGAUCGCCGAGGUCCGCGCCAAGUACGAGUGGCUGAUGAAGGAGCUGGAGGCGACCAAACAGUACCUGAUGCUGGAUCCCAACAAGUGGCUCAGUGAAUUUGACUUGGAGCAGGUUUGGGAGCUGGAUUCCCUGGAGUACCUGGAGGCCCUGGAGUGUGUGACGGAGCGCCUGGAGAGCCGUGUCAACUUCUGCAAGGCCCAUCUCAUGAUGAUCACCUGCUUCGACAUCACCUCCAGGCGCCGGUAGAGGAGCCAGCCCCUUGUCCUAGCGGUUCCCUGCCUCCCCAGGACUUCAGAGACGGUGCACGCCCCUAGGCCCUCUGUGCCGGGGCAUCAAAGACAAUGAAUGAGGAUGAAGGUUGGUGGCAAGUCUGGAGCGAGCGUUGAGCGGAAGGCGAGUUUUCUUUUGUUUUCUGUAGGAAAGGCGCAAACGUCAAACACCCAUGGAAGGAGAAAAGGAUGGGAAGCCCGAGGGGUGUCAGCCCUGCGAGACUGAAAAAGCACUUUGAGGAACCUUACCUUGUUUGUACAUAAGAACUGCUAGCGAAAGAGACCUCACUCUUCUCUUGCUUUCGUGAGAGAGGAGCGGGGUGGAUGUAGGAUUGCUGUGGAAAGCGAACACAACAACAAAAAGACCCAGAAUGACUGAUUAAGUGCCUUGCAAACCUUUAUUAUUAUCCAAACAAACAUUUAUGUUCAUACUUUCUUGUGUACAGAUGGUGCUAGUCAAGAUGAAAACAACAAAACAAAAACAUUUUGGAAAUGUAUUCACAGCUCGUUUUCUCGUGGUGUUUUAUCCUAUUUCUGACUUGCUGUUUCUAAGUAAGUUGUGUUUGUAGAGCUAUUUCCUAAUCAGUAUUGCUUAUGAAUAAAUGUUACCUGUCUUUUAUGGUUAUUCUGGUGAGGCCACUCAAACAGAACAGAGAAGCUUCCUCGGCACGAGCCAGUGUGUGUGUUUCCAAAGUAGGUUUGGAGCAGCAGGUGACCUCGAUGCCACAUCCCAACAAGCAGCGUGGUCAGGGCAGACCCAGAAGGUUGAUUGUGGGGCAGGUGCUUUAGAGAACGGGCGAGGAGCCGGACGCUGCAGCAUCGGGGAGGAGGAGUCCUUUGCGACCUGGGUCCUCCCUGCUCCUGGGAGGUGGGCUGUGUGUUCUGUAGACAGUUUGCCCCCCUCAAGUCCUCACACACAUAUGGUUCCUUGACCCACAAAUCCACAGUUUGCCUGGCCCUCAAAAUUCGUAUUCAUUUUUAUUCCAAAGACUUGAAGGAAAGCUGGAACCAGUUCACCAGAGCUGUAUUUUCUAGUGUUGUGAAUUGACUAAAGUAGGAUUUUCCCCAGCUGAGAGACCUCCUCAGGCUUGUUCAGAGACUUCACCUGUAUUGGAUUAGAACAAGGGUUCUUGAGACGGUACAUCUUGUCUGUUGUCCAGAGUCCAAGGAUUUCAGCUCUCCUACGUCCCAAAGCCUCUAUGCCAAGAAGGGACGGGCUUGUCCUCUCAGUCUUUGCCCCUCUACCCAAAGGCAGAGCUUCCCCUCCAUAACUCCCACAACCCUGGAGAGGCAGAACAUAGCUGAAGAGGUGGAUGUCCAGGUCUUGGCUCCCAACAACUCAGGACUUCAAAUUUAGGUGUUCCUCCCUGUAACAAUUCCCUUAGGAAUUACACCCAUUUUAGUGAUUGAUUGAUAGAAUCCCCAGGUCCAGAGUGGUCAAGGGAUUUGCCUGAUCCAAGCUGUGGUGCUGAUAGAACAGCCCGGAAGCCAGGAGUCCCAGCAGCCUUCACAUCAAGGACAGUGCUUAGGCAUUUGCAGAGUACGCU